AACCCCUUCUCCCUCCCUCCUUUCAGGAUUUCUGGGCGCGCAUGCACACGUGCCUUAAUUAAGGCUGUGGAACUUUGUGCAAAUCAUUUCCCCCCCCUUUCAAGCGACGGGAAAUCUUCCACUGGUCUUGUUGAAAACGUGAGCUGGCUGUACAGUGUCACUUCAGUGUUUUCUCGAGCAGGGUUGGCAGGCUUUUUCUGUAAAGAGCCAGCUAGUAUGUAUUUUCGGCUUUGGGGACCAUAUGUCUGUCCCAGCUCUGCUGUUGCAGUGGGGAAGCAGCUCUAGACGGUACAGUAUGGAGCUUCACUCACAGAGGCUGAAGUCUGAAUUUCGUAGCAUUUUCACAUGCUGUCAGAUGCUACCGUUCUUAAGAAUUUUUUUCAGCCAUUGAAGAAAUGGAGAGGCCUUCAUUCAUGACAGGGAGACGGGAGCAGGACACUGGCCAGAUGGGGCUUGUGGGCCAUUGUUUGUGGACCUCUGGUCUAGCGAUAACUCUGCUGUCAGCAGAGUGCGCCUUUCGGUUUUCAUAUUUCCAUUCACAACUGGGUAAACAGGCCCAGAAAAGCCAGCGAUCGACACCAGCAGCUUUCUGGGCUCAGCUUUCUCAGUCUCCCCUUGGAGCUCUGCAGGGAAGGUCCAGCGUGGGCAGUGACUGGCAGCCAACCAGCCCGCGGAGCUCGGGUCAGAGGCGAGUCCCAUGGGAACCGGUACGAGCAGACUCUACAGUGCUCUCGCCAAGACACUCAGCAGCAGCGCGGCCUCCCAGCACCCGGAGUACUUGGUGCCCCCCGACCCCGAACACCUGGAGCCCAUCGAUCCCAAAGAGCUUCUCGAGGAAUGCAGGGCUGUCCUGCACACUCGGCCUCCCCGGUUCCAGAGGGAUUUUGUGGACCUGAGGACAGACUGCCGCAGCAGCCACCCACCCAUCAGGGUCAUGCAGUGGAACAUCCUGGCCCAAGCUCUCGGAGAAGGCAAAGACAACUUUGUGCAGUGCCCCGUUGAAGCGCUCAAGUGGGAAGAAAGGAAAUGUCUCAUCUUGGAAGAAAUCCUAGCCUACCAGCCGGAUAUCCUGUGCCUCCAAGAGGUGGACCACUACUUCGACACCUUCCAGCCACUCCUCAGCAGACUGGGCUAUCGAGGCACGUUCUUCCCCAAGCCCUGGUCACCUUGUCUGGAUGUGGAACACAACAACGGACCGGAUGGCUGUGCCUUAUUUUUCCUCCAGAACCGCUUCAAUCUAGUCAACAGUGCCAACAUCCGGCUGACGGCCAUGACACUGAAAACCAACCAGGUGGCCAUCGCACAGACCCUGGAGUGCAAGGAGUCGGGGCGGCAGUUCUGCAUCGCCGUCACCCACUUAAAAGCACGCACUGGCUGGGAGCGGUUUCGGUCAGCCCAAGGUUGCGAUCUUCUCCAGAACCUGCAGAACAUCACGCAGGGAGCCAAGAUCCCCCUCAUCGUCUGCGGGGACUUCAACGCAGAGCCCACAGAAGAGGUCUACAAACACUUCGCGUCCUCCAGCCUCAACCUGAACAGCGCCUACAAGCUGCUGAGCGCCGACGGGCAGUCGGAGCCCCCGUACACCACCUGGAAGAUCCGGACCUCGGGGGAGUGCCGGCACACCCUGGAUUAUAUCUGGUAUUCCCAGCACGCCCUGAGCGUGAGGUCGGCCCUCGAUCUGCUCACCGAGGAGCAGAUCGGCCCCAACCGGCUCCCGUCCUUUCACUACCCAUCAGACCACCUGUCUCUAGUGUGUGACUUCAGCUUUAACGAGGAGCCCCAAGGACUUCUAUAAAUCCUCCUCUGCCCCUUUUUAAUCGCGAGAGUCUUAACUAGGGGUGUUCCAGGAAACUGACAUAGGAUACGAGGUCGCCUGAGGGAGUCCCGGUUUCUGUCACUUCACUGUCCGUGUGUCCAGCAGACUGCUGGAAAAGCAGCCCGUUAGUUCCCAAACCUCGUCCGUGAAAACCUCUAGCGGAAAAAAGGCAUUGGCACUCCAGUUUUUGGCUCGUCUUGUUUCCUUUGCCUUCGUGUUAGAUUCUGAUCAUUUAGGGGCAGUGAAUUUAGCCUUGUUUCGAAGCUUUUUCAGUUUGACGAUGCUAUGAAAACCCAGAUGCGCUGGAGUCCUCCCUUAUUAGUAAGUAUUUAGGAGCAAUUUCUCCAGACAGCAUUUCACUGUAUUUAUUUGUGGUU